AGGACGUCUAAAUAUUCAAUUCCAUUGAAAUUCGACUAAUCCAUGUCAAAAUAUCGGGGAUCGACUAGCACAGAUAGCGUUGAAUGUGCCGGCAGCGGUCUACAGAGGGUGGCUGUGCUUUGAAGUGCCGCAGAGAUGCCACAUGUGUCACACUGGAGUGCCGCAGACUUGUUUGUAGUGCCGCAAGAGGUCCCGCCUAAGUGCCGCAGUGUGCCGUGGAGUCUGCGGCACACUGUUCUGGAGUGCCGCAGGAAUGAGAUCUCCAUUGCUGCCGCCGACGACAAUGGCGUCUGGAAUAGUCCCGCUGCCUGCGCGGAUCAUUCCCAGGUCCAUCAACGUCUCAGCCGACGUGUUGAUCGUCGUUGAUGUCGUCGAGAUCAAUCAUGUGGAGUAUUCGGAGUGCCGCAGGGGUACCGUGGCAGUGCUCCUGCAGCACUUUCAAUGAGCCCUAUCACCUUAGGUUUUAAAAGCCUCUUUGUAGUCUAGGAGCUACAUACUGAGUGCGCAUUUCAAAAACAAGCCACAAAGGCAGGAGAUUCCCUGAAAAUGGCGCGAAUUGGCAGGCUCGAGCGCGCCGCCAUCAACGACGAGCACGCUUAUGACGUCGGGAACGGUCAUCGGAGGCUUCGAGUAAGCAUAUUCACGUCCUCGAGUCACGGAGUGCCAGGACCCCAGCACAUCCGAUCGAUCCAUCGGUCGAAAUAGACCAUGUCCUUUGUCGUCGACCGUAGACGGCAAACUGGCCUUGUUUCACAACCAUCGCUGUGCUUGUUCUUGUCUGCCGCACUUGCUAGAGCAGAUCUGUCGCUUUGUGGAAACAUAGUGUCUCGUGACGACCCAUUCGGAUGUAUCUGUGUCACAUGCGCUUUUCAAUUGACUGUGCCCUCCAUGCUCCAUUCAGCCAGCCAACUAGCGCCUACAUACGAGAUGGAUCGUGCGAGAAACAUGCGAGCAACAUGCGAGCGCAGAGCAUCGCGACGACAUCCUACAUGAUCAAGCACCUGAUCAUUUCCAGGUUCUAGGCGAGUCUUCGCUUGGCGCUUCCGCAGACGAAUUACCCUCUUCUCGGAUUCGGAACAUUCCGACCUCGCGUGCCACAUUCCGAAUUCUGGAUCCGCUUUAGAUGCGCCCGGCUACCGAUCGACCACCGCCGUCCAAGCCCGAGUCGUAGUCAUGCUUGUCCCUGAAAGGACAUCGUCCAUGUCAGUCUGAUGGCGUUGGAUUUCAGAACGCGCUCCUGCGCCAGUGGCCGUCCCAAGCCGUGCAAAAUCUAACAGGAUGAUGUCAGACCCGAUUCAUUCCAGAAUAACUCGUUCUUUGUAUAGCAUACCAUGUCACUAGCUCGCAUUUCCAUCUGGAUCACCACACCGCGUGGCCUCUGCCUCAUUUUCAGCCACUUUGGAGUCUGGUGCACAUUCGAAUCCGGCCAGCAUGAGAAUCUGUGAGAUGGCCGGCCGCCGUCCCCGCCGUCGCGAGCGACGUUUCAAAGUUAAUCCGCGGCUUCCAAUCUCCUGUGCAGGCUUGAGUGCCCCCAGUGUGCCUUUGAGAACACCGACGGGGAAGACUGCAGAGAACUGAGCCGCCCUCAAUACUGGGCGGCACUUUUCGGCACUAUCUUGUAUCCGAGGGCGCAAAAGCGAAACGAGGAAUUUCUACGUGCUCAAAAAUCAAGCACGCGCGAGCCAGACAUAUGACAUCCCUGGACAUGUGCCGUCAAACUUUCGCAGUCCUGCUCGCAAGUGCAUAUAGGUUCCAGGCUGCGGUUACGUAAAUAAGAACUACGUGAUGACAUAUCAUUGCACAGCAUCCACAAACACCCAUCACUUCAGUUCCAAUACUUGCCAUGGCGGCUCGGGUUGCGAAAUCCGCCGAAUCCACUCUCUACCACUUGUCCCCAAAGGGAUUUUGGAAGAAAUUCCGCGACGUUGUUGCCGUUGACCCCGAGAUCUCCAGCGGGCUGCCUCUACCUGACGUCCAUCGUUUCCCUCCUCCCGCCUCCCGACCGGAAAAGUACUCAACUCCGGCGACCAAGGCCUCCGACCCAGCACAAAAUCCGUACUGGAAACGCGAUGUGCGCCGGCAAUAUCCUCAACUUUCGGUGGUGACCCAGUCCGAACUGUCUGCUCUGCUUAUCGAGCACUCCGCGGCCAAAUCAGUGGCUGCCCCGACGGAGGAGAACAAGGGUGUCCCUGCUGAAUCGAAACCAGUCGACCUUUCCGUAGCCAUCGCGUCCAUUGCCAAGGAUAUCAAGGUCUUCUCCACGUCGAACUUGCCUCCGACUUUACCCACCUCUCGCAAGCGCUGGCAUUACGAGGUUGCGCCGAACGCCCCGCACGAUCCUCAUGGUUACUUCCCCAUGUCGCUUUAUAAAUAGACACUACGUAGAAAGUCGAAAUGCAUCUAGUUGCGGGAACCCUGUAGCGACCUCAGUCGACAUACUGUAUACAUUUCGGCGUGUGUACUGUGUCAUGAUUGGCACACUUGACUCAAACCACUAACUUGAUUCAGUCAUUCAUGUCGUCUGUACCACCACCCGCCGCCUCAGGCUCAUCUGAGCAGGCACUCUCGGAGGCGUUCGCGAGUGAUGAGCGAAUUUACCUGGAGAAAAGUACGAACACUUGGCGAUAUGAGGAAACCGAUGGAACGGAGAUGGAAUACGACACUGUGAAGGGGAAAUGGUUCCCACUAUUGGGAGAGGAACUACUCCAGCAACAACAAGCUGCGUACUCUGUGGCAGGCGUCGAUGAAGAGGCCCCAGCAGCACCCGUCGCCGCGCGCGAAAACAAGAAGCGCAAGCAGCCUGAAGACUACACGUCCGCGACGCCCCAAGCGGGACCAUCCACCAAGCGCGGCAAACCUGAGAAAGAGCGCAAAUCGAAAAACACGGCGGUCUAUGUCAAGGGACUACCCUUGGACGCGGAGAUGGAUGAAAUCUUGGAACGCUUUUCGAAAUGCGGGGUGAUCGAAGAGGACGACCAGGGCGAACCUAAGGUGAAAAUGUACGCCAAAGACGAUGGCAGCUUCAGCGGAGAAGCUCUGGUGGUCUAUUUCAAGGAAGAUUCGGUGUUCCUGGCCGUCAGCAUCCUGGACGAUGCGGAACUCAGGAUCGGAGACGGAUCCACCGUCAUGCAGGUGGCCAAAGCAGACUUCGCCCACAAGGCCACGUCCAACGGCACAGCAUCUGCGCCUCGCAAAACAGUAGACAAGAAGAGAGCUACCCGACGGAUUGGUAAAAUGCAGAAGAAAUUGGAGGAAUGGGACGAAGAGGAUGGCUUUGGCCCAUCCAUGGCACCAGAAGACAACUCAAAGGCCGCAAACAAGAACAGCCGGGUUGUCGUCCUGAAGCACAUGUUUACGCUCAAAGGGUUGGAGGAUGAUGCAUCGCUGCUGCUUGAUCUCAAGGAGGACGUUCGGGAAGAGUGCUCUCUCUUGGGCGAAGUAACGAAUGUUGUUUUGUAUGAUAAAGAACCCGAGGGUGUAAUGACGGUGAAGUUUCGGGAUCCCCUUAGUGCUCAAGCUUGUGUGCUGAAAAUGAACGGACGUUUUUUCGACGGACUGAGGGUGGAGGCUUCUUUGUUCGAUGGCCAACAGCGGUUCCAGCGCAGUGGUACUGGCGAUGACAUUAUUGGCGACAGUGAUGAGGCAGAAAAAGCUCGGCUGGACAGUUUUGCGCAGUGGUUACUGUCGGAAGGCGAUUAG